UUGACAGUCCAUAUAACUGCUUAAUUUGUCAUUUGACUUAUGUUGGAUAUUAACUUACAGUUGUGGUAACCGGACAGUGUGUUAUUGUUGAUAUUUUGUUCUGAUAUACAUUUAUUUUGAUAACAUAAGAGGUUUCCACGUAUAUAUGUACCCCUGUAGCGUGAAAAAGCCUGAGCAUGUUGCACAACCACGUAUAAACUGUCAACUGUUAACCUGUGCUCUUUAGAGUUUGACAUCCAGAUAACCAAACAUCAUUGAUGUCUCUCUAAGAGCGCUCAGGCAGCUGCUGUGGGUCCCGUGGUGAAAUAGCAACAACGCAGCCAUUUUGAUUCGUCUACCGUAAACUCGAAUGGGUACAAAAUGCUUCGAUAUUGUUGAUAAAUCUUCAAAGACACAAACUGAAACUCUCCAUGAGAGUUCCCCCAAUGUGAUAAAGUCCCAGCAUGGGGAGCGCGCUCGGUGGUAUUACUGUUCUGCUCCGUAGGUGUACUACGGAUUUAGCACUAAACUGAAGCUCGCAACCAUUUGUUCCAACCUUUAUUUUCUACAAGGAACCAAUCACAGAACCUGAUGAAGCCACGUCACAGUUGGUACAUCCAAUCGGCGCAUGCGUUCCACGAUCGAGCGUAGCUAGACAAAGAUGGCGGCGGGCUCCGAUUUGUUGGAUGAUGUUUUCUUCAGCACAGAGGUAGACGAAAAAGUAGUUAGUGAUCUAGUCGGAUCUCUGGAGUCUGAGCUAACAGCAGCAGGUCACGUAAACACAACAAUCGGGAUCCAGUCUGCAGCAAAUCACGUCGGCAACUUAGCAGCACGUAGUAAUUCCAAUGUUCAGAGUAGAAAAAUGGGACUUUCACAACAAGAUCUUGCUAAAGCAGGAACGGGAGUUCAAGGAGGUGUCAUUAACAGUACGGGGUUCCACAAUUCAAGUAUGGAUGAAGCAGCCGGGACCCCAUCGACGGCGGGACCGAGCAUGACAGUCGCUCAGAGCCAGUCCACACCGGGGGACGUAGAUGCAACUUCUGGUGUUGGGACGCCUGGAACGACUGGUGUUCAAACUUUGAAUGGAAGCGCCGUGGUGAUGAACUGUCACAUCCCCGGAGUCGCGUCUGUUGACAGCAGCGGCAACAACUCACAAUCCGCUGUCACACUUAUCAACAACGGACCUGUUUCUGUGAGUAAAGGCAGUGCAGCGGUUCUGUCUACAACAUCCAGUACUAUCAUCCGAACUUCUGCGACGAAUGCGCAAAAUACUGUGACUUCUACUGUGAUUUCCUGCCAGCCCUCGGUGAAAAGUGUACCCACAGUCACACUUGUGAGGCCACCUAUGCAAACUCCCGUUAGCACCUCGCAAAGCGGAGGCAUCCCGACCACAGUCUUAACAUCACCAGCCGUCAAUGUUAUCUGCACGACUGGCUCACUUAUCAACAAACUCGACUCCACAAAAACUACAGUGCAGUCCGGUGCACAAGUCGUGGCUUCCACCGCUUCGACAGGGACAACAGCGACGAUAAGGAGCCCGACUGUUUUGCAGAACUCGAGGACUUCAGUACCAGCACUGGCUGCCACUCCUCCUGGUGGAAUACGACCUAUUGCUCAACAGGUGUUGGCCCCUCGACCUACUCAGUCCCAGCCAAACGCCCCAAAUAUCCAAAACAUUCAGCUCCCUGCAGGCAUGGUCUUGGUUCGAAGUGAGACUGGGCAACUGUUGAUGAUUCACCAGCAGACCUUAGCUCAGAUACAGGCUCAGUCACAGUCCCAGAGCGCCAUGACACCACGACCUGCAGCCCCCACCAGCACUCCACCCGUCCAGAUUACUUCUCUACAGACUCCAGGCGCAUCGCUGCUGGCUCGUCCGGUUACCCCCACCACCAUUAUCAAACAGGGCUCUACAGUCCAAAGUACUGUGACGGCCACCACUGUGCUGCAGAGGCCUCCUGUACUGCAGAACACAAUCAUGCUGGGAGGAACUGCCACCACCCCGGGACAACCGCUGGGAACACCCACCACAGUGCAGCCUGGAUCUGCAGCCACAGCAGUAACACAGAGGGCAGGGCCCCUUGGGGCCACUACGACGACCCCUGUCACUCCAACACCCGUCUCAGCUGAGACACUGGAGAAUGUGAAAAAAUGUAGAAACUUUUUGUCCACGCUGAUCAAGCUGGCAUCCAGUGGGAAGCAGUCAUCUGAGACGACGGCCAGGGUCAAAGAGCUGGUCAAGAGCCUGCUGGAAGCAAAGAUAGAGCCUGAAGAUUUCACCAGUAGGUUAUACCAAGAGCUCAACUCCUCACCGCAGCCGUGCCUUGUGCCUUUCCUGAAGAGAAGUCUCCCAGUGCUGCGUGAGAUGACCCCAGACUCAGAGGCCUUCAUCCAGCAGAGCACCCCGCCUGCUGCUGCACCCUCCAAGGCCCUCACCGCUGUGGUGCUGCGACCUCCUCUCCCCACCACUGCCACUUCUGCCACCAGCACUGCAGUGACCAAAACCACAGUUAUCAACCUCACUCAGACACCUCACAGCAAACCUGGACUGAUUGUGCCACAGCAGCAAGGAGUGAUGGUGAGGCCGCAGGUGACCCUAGCUCAGACUCCCACAGUAACACUCAGAGGACAACCUCACAACCGCAUCAUUGUGAGCCAGCCACAGCUGGUCAAACAACUGCAGACAGUUCCUGCAGUGAAGCAGAUGUUGAUUCCUGGGGCCAAAGGAAUACAAAUAAUCAGUCAGGCCCCUCUCAUUGCUGCUCAGAAGAACAAGCUGAAAGAAACAGGAGGGGGAACCUUCAGGGAUGAUGAUGAUAUCAACGAUGUGGCCUCCAUGGCGGGAGUCAACUUGUCGGAGGAGAGCGCCCGUAUAAUGGCAACCAACUCGGAGAUUGUUGGCAUGGUGACUCAUUCCUGUAAAGAUGAGACCUUCCUUUCCACCACUUCACUCACUCAACGAGUGCUGGAGAUCGGUAAGAAGUUUGGUGUCAGCGAGUUGGGAACAGAGGUGAUCAGCUACAUUUCCCAUGCUGCACAGCAGCGACUACAAAACCUGCUGGAAAAAAUGUCUCACGUGGCACAGCAGAAGAACCUAACCUUCAAGGAGGACGAGUUGUAUGAACAGGCCAGCGAUGUGAGAACCCAGUUGAAAUUCUUCGAGCAGCUGGAUCAGAUGGAGAAGCAAAGGAAGGAAGAGCAGGAAAGAGAAAUUCUCUUGAAGGCUGCCAAGUCUCGGUCACGGCAAGAGGACCCUGAGCAGCUCCGACUGAAACAGAAGGCCAAAGAGAUGCAGCAGCAGGAGCUGGCUCAGAUCAGGCAGAGAGAAGCCAACCUAACUGCUCUGGCAGCAAUUGGCCCGAGGAAGAAACGGAAAAUGGAUUCUCCUGUUAGAGGUGCCAAUGCAGAGGGCUCAGCGUCAGGCCCCUCCCAGGCCGGGGGCUCCAGCGGCUCCAGACCGUUUAUGCGACAGCGCAUCACCAGAGUCAACCUCAGGGACCUGUUGUUCUGCCUGGAGAAUGAAAGAGGGACCAGUCACUCACACCUGCUCUAUAAAGGCUUCCUCAAAUAGCACUUGCAUUUAAAAUGACUAGUCUCGCUCAGUGGCAUUAAGGAAACAGAGCUGACGUCAGCUCAGACCCUUUCUGCUGGUACUUUCUUUGAUCACCCACUGCUGAAAGAUGAGGCAUCUGUCUGUGGGAAGAAGAUUAUCAGAAGAGACGUCAACUUUUAAAAGCUUUUUCAAGCACAGGCCUUUUGUAUUUUCACUGCAGAGAUAGAGCAAAUAUUGGAACUUGGCCCUGAUUUCAAUCCACCUCUGCUCGGUUUGCUCUUCAGAGACCAGUUGCACUCAACCAACCUUCACUCAUGCUACACACAUGAAAAAUGUCUUUAAAGUGAACAGAGCACUUCAGAGGUGAAAACCUUGUCAGUGUCACUUCCCUGACAUUGGAGUUGUAGCAGUAAUUCUCUGUGAAGUGGUCCCAAGAUUGAGGUACAACAACCAGAUUUUGCUACAGUAAGGUAAUUACUGUUUGACCAUGUUAAUGUAAACACUCUGUUUAUUUAAAGCUGCAUUAACUAACUUCUCCCUCUAACUUUUGACUGUUAAGGGUGAAGUGAGACUCAAAACAAACUCAAGCAGUAACCCCUCUCUGCCACUCCUGCCCCGUCUCUGAAAUGAAAAGUCCGAUGUGGUCACAACAGCUGGAGACAGUUGCGGCAGUCAUGUAUCGCAGCCAUAAUAACGGCUUCAAAACCAAUUUGUAUGGAAUAUAGAGCCCAUAGACUUUGGUCCUUUGAAUGCUUUUAAUAUUAAAGUGCCCAUGGCAUGCUCAUUUUGCUCAUUUCCAGCCAUUCAGUGUUUACUCUAGAUUAGCUUGGCACUCCU